CCUCUCCAGCCAAUCGCGUCUGAACUACGGGACAGCCCCUAACAAAGAUGGCGGGGGAGGCUUCAGUGAGGGCAGGCUGAUUUAAAACCCGAACCCGCGGCGGACAGCGAAGACAGAGGUAGCGGCGCAGCCCCGACUAUGGAGGAGGGCAACAGCGCUGGCAGCGGUGGCAGCGACAGCAGCACCAGCGGGAGUGGCGGGGCGCAGCAAAGGGAGCUGGAGCGCAUGGCUGAGGUCCUGGUCACCGGAGAGCAGCUACGGCUCAGGCUGCACGAAGAAAAGGUUAUUAAAGAUAGGCGACAUCAUCUCAAAACCUACCCAAACUGUUUUGUUGCGAAAGAACUGAUUGACUGGCUGAUUGAACACAAAGAGGCUUCUGACAGAGAGACCGCAAUUAAACUCAUGCAGAAAUUAGCAGACCGGGGCAUUAUUCAUCACGUGUGUGAUGAGCAUAAGGAAUUCAAGGAUGUCAAACUCUUCUAUCGCUUUAGAAAGGAUGAUGGCACCUUCCCGUUGGACAACGAAGUGAAGGCCUUCAUGAGAGGACAGAGGCUGUAUGAGAAGCUGAUGAGCCCUGAAACCACACUCCUGCAGCCCAGGGAAGAGGAGGGGGUCAAGUAUGAGCGCACCUUCAUGGCGUCUGAAUUCCUGGAUUGGCUGGUUCAGGAGGGUGAGGCCACCACAAGGAGAGAGGCGGAACAGCUUUGCCACCGGCUUAUGGAGCACAGCAUCAUACAGCACGUGUCCAACAAGCACCCGUUUGUGGACAGCAAUCUUCUCUACCAGUUCAGAAUGAACUUCCGGCGGAGGCGAAGACUGAUGGAGCUGCUCAAUGAAAAAUCCCCCUCCUCCCAGGAAACUCACGACAGCCCCUUCUGCCUGAGGAAGCAGAGCCACGACAAUCGGAAAUCUACCAGUUUUAUGUCAGUCAGCCCCAGCAAGGAGGUCAGGAUCGUAUCUGCCGUGCGGAAGAGCAGCGUGAGCAGCUGCGGGGGCAGCGGCUACUUCAGCGGCAGCCCCCCGCCCAGCGGCAGCCCCCCUGUGCUCUGCAACCCCAAGUCUGUGUUAAAAAGACCCGUCACUUCUGAGGAACUCCUGACUCCCGGGGCUCCGUAUGCGAGGAAGACAUUCACGAUUGUUGGUGACGCAGUAGGCUGGGGCUUUGUGGUGCGAGGCAGUAAGCCAUGCCACAUCCAGGCCGUGGAUCCCAGUGGCCCAGCAGCCGCUGCAGGAAUGAAGUAUAUACUUGUGGUGUUUAAGCAGCCAAGACACAAGAAACAGUAAAUAGUGAGAAAAAGAGAACAAAAGUCGUGGAGUUUGGAAGAGGAGAUCUGGAUUCUUUUAUUGGUUUUUACUACUUACUAGCUCUUUGAACAAGUUCUGUAGCAUCUCAGAGCCUGUUUCCUCCUCUCUGCAAUGAUAAUCAUAUUUCAUUCUGCUGUUUUAUGGAUUAAAUAUGUCGAAACACUUGAUAAAGUACAAAGAACUACACAAACAUCAAGAAGCUGAGUGAAUUGUGUAAGAUUUUUGAAAAUAAUUUGUACACAUUUUUGGUAUUAAAGUAAUGAAUGUAGAGUCAAGAAAAUUUGGAAAAUACACACAGGAAGAAAAAAAAUGAUAGCUGCCUAUA